AUGUCAGACGCGGCCGUGGAGCCCAGCGCCGAGGUCACCACCAAGGACUUCCAGGAGAAGGAGGCAGUGGAGCAGGUGGAGAAUGGGAGAGAGGCCGCCACCAACGGGAACGUUAAUGAGGAAAAUGGUGAACAGGAGGCUGACAAAGAGGUAGACGCAGAAGAGGAAGAACAUGGGGAGGAGGAGGAUGAAAACGAGGAAGGUGAUGGUGAAGAAGAAGAAGAGGAUGAGGAGGCUGAGGCAGCUACAGGCAAACGGGCAGCUGAAGAUGAUGUGGAUGACGAUGUGGACACCAAGAAGCUGAAGACCGACGAGGGUGACUAGACAGCAAAAGGAAAAGUUCAACUUAAAACAACAAAACAAACACACAACGGCCACCGUGACCUAUUCACCUUCACUUCCCAUCUCAGAAUCUAAACGUGGUCACCUUCGAGUAGGAGGCCCGCCCGCCCACCUGGGGCUGCGCCACUGCGGACACGCGCUCACCACCACCCCACCAAAACCACACCGUGAAUUUGCAACAGGGGAGGCAAAA